GUGCGGAAAGUGUGUCCAAAAAGAACAGCUCUACCGAUUAUUAAAAGUGGUGAUGCGUUGCUAGCGGAAUCGCCAAGUUGUUGGAUGGUUAAUUUUUCGUUUCGCCCAAGUAAUUUAAUAUCAAGUCCCGCGGUGUUCACGGAUUAGAUUUUUAUUCGCAACGCUACAAAUCGCAUUAACGAGCAGAUAAAAUUCUCGACGAGUCCGAGCAGCGGCAUGUCGUCACCGCCGUCGCCGCCGCAACCGUCAUCGUCGUCGUCGAGUGAACAUCACCAGCCCCGACGGAGCUCCGAGAUAUGUUUCCCGGAUUCGUGUCCGUGGCAGUGACCCGCCCCAACAAAGUUGCUAUUACCUGUGCUGACUGAUCAAACGAUGGAGAACCAACACGAUCGAGCGGUCACCGCGAACGGAGAUAGUACGUCAGCGAGUCACGAUUCACAGACAAAGGCCAACAGAUUGGAGUUGGAAAAUAUUAAAAUGCGAGAGGAGUUUAAUGUACAAAGGGCUAAGAUGAAAGAAUUGUUUCUUCAGAAAGAAGAAGAACUAAAACGGAGACUUGAAGAAAACAUAGGAUUGCAAAAGGAAAUUCAGAGAUUAAAAAAUGAGCUCGAUGAAGCUAAAAGUCAACUACUUGUUGCGGAUCUUAAGACACAAAAUGAUAUUAUGAUGGAGAAAAGGAAAGCUGAAGAGGAGAUAGCAUCUUUACGACAGGUUAUACAUGAAACAGUGGAGGAGUCCUCUUGCUCAAGGAAGCAGCUUGUCACCGAAAUAUCCAAGUUACAAUUAACUCUUUCUAAGCUUCAAGAUGAGAAUGCGCUGUUGAAAACGCAAUUGCCGCGCGAUCCGCCAACAGAUGGACCACAAAUUUCGUUGUCUACAGUAACCAAAACAUUAGCUAGAAAAGUGGUUUCACAAUUAGGCGCAGAUUCUUUAUCUUUAGGUCCUGAUAAUUUAGAGGAAAGCAUGCGGAAGGUAAAAAGAUAUGCACAAGAAGAUGCAGAAGUUUUACGUUCACUGGUUGUGCCACUCGAGGAGGAAAUAAAAGCUUUAAAAGAAAAAUUAAGGUCAACCGAUGACGAACUACAAAAAUGUAAAGAAGUUUUAUUAAAGAGACGGCAGCAAGAACCCGGCACUUCUGAGCCGUCGUGUGAUAUGUGUGCGAAUUAUGAAGCACAAUUAGUCAAAGUGGAAGCGACUACCAAGGAUUUGGAGAAACAGUUGUUGAAUUCUGAACGUAUGCUGCAAGCUCAAAAGGAGGAUCUAGCUAAGGAGGUGGAAUUUCGUAAAGAAAUGGAAGAAAAAUGGAACGAGAAGAAAGAAGAGCACAAAAUCAAAGUUGCAGAACUCAUGGUUACCUCGCAGACGGCGCAAAAAAAUUUGUUAGAGUUAAAAAAGACAUUCGAACAAUUUCAAAGGAGUGUGUCUGACGAACUCUGUAAAUUGACACGAGGCAGAGAGGAAGUGCAGCGACAUCUCAUUGUACUGCAGAAGGAAAAUGAGAAUCUUGUGGGUAAACAUAGCAAGCAUUCGCAACAACUCCAAAGUGAAAGUAUCAACAUGCCAAAUACUGUUGAGGAAUUGCAUAUUAGCCUUUUAAAGAUGCGCGAAGAUUUAAUUACAGCAAGAGUAGCUCAGGAAGUUGCGCAGGAGAAGGAGGAGACACUGCGAUACGAAGUCACUCUGCUGAGGGAACAAAUGGAGCAAGAGAGUAGAGUUAAGGAACAAGAUAAUUCUGUGUUAAAGAAUGAAAUAAGUGGACUGAGAGUACAGUUAGAUAAGUAUAUAAAAGAUCAUCGGCUUCUCGCUGAUAGAGAGGAGAAACUUGAUCGGCUAGAAAAACAAUUGCAGAAAGUUCAAAAAGAGAAGGAAGAUGCGGAAUCGGCUAUGAUUGAGCUACGACAGAGAGUUAUGAGUCUACAGCAGGAAUUAGAUACUAGUGAGGCAGUGCAAAAGGACUUUGUCAGAUUGUCACAAUCAUUGCAGGUACAAUUGGAAAGGAUUAGGCAAGCAGGCAGCGAAGUAAGAUGGCAACACGAAGAGGACGUUGAAGAAUGUCCUAGUUGCCACACUACGUUCUCAGUCACAAAAAAGAAGAUACAUUGCCGUCAUUGUGGCCAUAUAUUUUGUCAAUCUUGCCUCUCACACGUUGUGAACAGUGGGCCGAAACAAAGACCAUCCAGAGUCUGUGAUGUUUGUCAUACUUUGUUAGUGCAAGAUACCGCACCAUAUUUCAGCCAGGAGCCUCCGCAUACACCUGACUAAAUGUUCUAAAGUUACAUAAUUCUAGCGCAGUUCAAUGAGAUGUGCAAUAUCAAUUUG